GGGGGAAGUGCUUCCGGGGAACCGGGCCCAGGGCUGGUGUUUGUAAACUUGCCUCGGUCCCGGCGGGGGCAGCGGCGGCCGCGGGCUUAGCGCCGGGGGCUGCGGCCCGGAGGAGGCGCGGCGCGGCGCGGGAGGCGGCGGGAGGCCGCGCCCGGCAGGAAACAGAUCCGGAAGAUUAUCGGGGACAACCAGCGCGAGGGCCAAGAGGGACACAGACGCGCAUCUGACCACAGACAGGGGCCACGCUGAGGCCAGGGAUCCUGGGAGCAUCUCUCUCGCCUGUGCAGGACAUUGAGUUCUAUUUGAGGACAAAGGAAGGCUCAGUAUGGCAGCAGGACUGAAGGGACAUGAAGGAGUGGUUACAAUGAUUUGGUGACAGUUUCUUCCAAACUGCAGUGUCUUAAGGAAAAGUGGACCAAGAAACUCCUCUAACUUUUGAGUUGCGUUAGGGGUGAAAUCAGCAUGGCUCAGGUAAAACACUCUAGCGUCCUCCUCCUUCAAGAUCUCUGGGAAGCGAAUUUGCAGUUUCACUCUUGAAUGCUGCCUUAGUCAACCUAUUGACCAGCCCAGUGAUCAGCCCUCUGUAAUAAGCUCCAGGGGGAGAUCUAGAGGAAGGAAAGGCCACAGCCCCUGCCUCAGGGAGCUUCCAGUCAAAUGAAGGAGGCAAGUCUCCUGGCUUGUGAAGGCCUAGCAGGUGUGAGUCUGGUUCCCACUGCAGCCAGCAAGAAGAUGAUGCUGAGCCAGAUCGCCAGCAAGCAGGCGGAGAAUGGAGAGCGGGCAGGGAGCCCCGAGGUGCUGAGGUGCUCCAGUCAGGGCCACCGCAAAGACAGCGAGAAGUCCCGGAGCCGCAAAGACGAUGCCAGCUUGUCCGAGGCCUCGCAUUCCAAAAAGACUGUUAAAAAGGUGGUGGUGGUAGAACAGAAUGGUUCUUUCCAAGUAAAGAUUCCCAAAAAUUUUACUUGCGAACACUGCUUUGGAGCCUUCAGGAGUAGCUACCACCUCAAGAGGCACAUCCUUAUUCAUACUGGUGAGAAGCCCUUCGAGUGUGACAUCUGUGACAUGCGCUUCAUCCAGAAGUACCACCUGGAGCGCCACAAGCGCGUGCACAGCGGCGAGAAGCCAUACCAGUGUGAGCGGUGUCACCAGUGUUUUUCCCGGACAGAUCGAUUGCUCAGACACAAGCGGAUGUGCCAAGGGUGCCAGUCCAAGACUUCCGACGGGCAGUUUUCUCUCUAGGCGCCCGGGGCCCUGGGUGGUGGGAGUGAUCAGAAGCAGCUACUGAAGAGCGCGCCCCCAUUUGGCCUCGUGUCCCGCCACCACCACCCGCCCGUACCUGCCCCUCCCCUGGAGGGGUGGCUGGGGGCAGAAGAGUGCGGCUGGGACAUGGCCCAGAGCCUCAGCUCUGUAAAUAAUCUGAGACUUGGAGCAUCUCGGGGAAGUUCGUGCAGCAUUCCUGGGUCAGGCGGCCAGUCCCUGCACCCUCGGCUGCGGUCAGGUGGGGGACUGGACCAAGACUGAAGUGUCGCUUCCGCCCCCUUGGACGCCGGCUGGCAGCUGAAACAGGAGAAGAUUGGGGCGAGGGCUUUGUUCGUUCUGUUCUUGUUUUUGUUUAAGCCAAAAGCGGUCUCGGCAGGUGCCCGUGGAAACAGGGCAUCCGGACGGCGAGUCGUGGUCCGGGCAGGGCCUCUGCCCAGCCCACCCCCGAAUGGACUUGGUUUAGUCGCAGGUGAUCCGCAGUGCUCCUCGGCCCGCACCUCGUCCAGUGGAAGGAGCCGGGAGCAGGGGGGCAGCGAGCUCCCCAGCCCCCCUCCCCGCUGAGGGGGCAGAGAGGAAGAGGGGGGAGCAGGCGGGGGCCUCUCGUUUCCUCCAGGGAGCAGCAGGAGUUGUGCCCAGGGCUCUUGUGACGGCCCCGUGCCGCUCUGGGCCCGGCGGGGUCGGCUCAAGUGCCUUUCGGAGGAAACUUGGGUGAGAGGGGCCUGGGGGCCCGCCCCUCCCCCUCCAGGCGGCCGGCCCUGGAGCUCGCCCGUGGCUACCUCGCUGCCAGUGGACUCCCAAGCCAGACACUCGUGGUGCACGCGCGGAGUCGCGGCUGUGAACGUGGGGUUCUCGCCCUGCGCCCCCUCGGACUCCUGGUGCCCCCUGGCGUGACUGUCCGCAGGAGGCGCUGGUCCCCCUGCCCGAGUCCUAUCACUGUAUCCGGGCGGAGGGGCAGGAGGGCCGCAGGGAGAGGCUGAGGAAGCAGCCCAGCGUGGCUUCUGUUCUCCAGCGCGAGUAUUGCUCCUCUCUGCUCCCCCACGCCCCCCCCGUCCGUCUGUCCCAUGUCCCCCCACCCCCGCCACGCAGAGUGAUGGGGGGUGUGCUAUGUGAGUGUUCGUGUUUGUGUGCUUAGAGCCGGCGCAUUAAUGAGCCAGACCUUCUCCAGCCCGUAGCUUAGAGGGGGGUGUGCAGAAAGCAGCUUCCCUUCCCCCGGGGGCUGACGGGCGGCGGCGGGGUGCUGCAGGGCCGUGCUCGGAGGGGCUUUCUAGGUUUGAUGCAACAGGCUGGGCGUGGGGCAUUGCUGAGUCCAGCCCGGCAUCUGUGAACAUGAAUUUUCUAAGGGAAAAUGAAAAACCCUUUUCUUCCUCUAAGGAGGCUCUGAGGCCCAGGGACCGUCCCUCCCCCUCCCCGCCCCCCGGAGCUGCAGUGAAGCUGACCGGGCUGCCGUGGCCUAGGGAGCGGCCCCCGGGAAGGGCAGCGGCGGGCUCCUUCCUGGCCGGGAGCUGCCCCGGAUCGUGGCGUGGGGGUGCGGGUCCUCCCUACCUCCGAGGCCUGAGGACUUCAGGGAAAACCCCAGGCGGCCCAGACACCUGGAGAGCAUCCGGGCUCCUGGGGGGAGACGCUGGGGAAUGCGGCCCGUGGCGGGCUCCAGGCGGGUGUGUCCCCACCUGCGGACUGUGGCGUCUGUCCUUCACCUCAAGGAGUAACUGUGGCAGGGAGAGGUUCAGGCUGCCGCCCUCCGGGGAGGCCUCUCCCGCUCUCCCCGCCCCUCGCAGCCGACUGGGGCCAUGGGGUGCGGGGGGCGGUCGCAGGACUCUGCCCCACUGUGAAUGUGGGUGGGUGCCCGUGCCCAGCCGCUGACGCCUCAGCUUCCUGCCUGCCUGGGUGGGCGAGGGGCCGACCAGAACCCCCUGUCUCGGGGAGGGCGGAGGGGGGGUGCUGUGAGACACUCAGGAGCCAGGUCAGGGACGGGGUGCCGGUGUCCUGGGGCAUUUGGUGUGUGCAGGGAGCAGGGGCAGAGUCGGAGGUGGGGCCCCGGGGCCCAGGGUGCAGCCUCCUUUGCUCACGGGGUCUGGCCCUGGAAAGACGCUUCAGGUGUUUGGAGCGAUGGGAAAGGGAGAGGGGACAGGCUCUGGGACACCGGGAUACAGGAUUGGGGAACCUGGGGAAGCCGUGCCAGUCCCCGCGUGGGCGCCUACUCCAGCCCUGCCGGCACCACCCUCCCCGCCCCCCGUACAGCCUCCCGUCACCACUUAGCUACUGAUUGUGCCCCGCGGCUUGAAUUCGGGGGUGGAAUAGGCCUGACCUGCUCCCCUCUGCCCGGACGCGCUCUGCCUCUGCUAGGGCCCUGGCCAGGGCUCCUUCCUCCAGCUAGGCUCCCCACCUUCUCACCCCCCCUUUUUUUUUAAUAUACUUAUUUUGCUAUUGGGGGUGGGGAAUAUCAAAAUGAACAAGAUCACUUUUAAAUGGUAGUUUUUAUAAGAUGUUAUAAACUUGUAUCUUUUUACCAUUAAAGUACAGUGUAUGUUCCUUCGUGAUAUAUUUAGGAUAUUUAAAUAAAAAGAAAAUGGGACUUUUCUA